CAUAACAACAUUAAACAUGGCAAGCUCUCGAUCAAUUUCGAUCAUCUUCUUCAUCUACACAAUAAUCUUAUCUAGCAGCUCAAUCAACUGCAAAGGAAAUAAUAAUAAUUUGGUAACAAACCAAACUGCUUUGUUCGUGUUCGGAGAUUCUCUGUUCGAUGCCGGAAACAACAACUACAUUGAUACUACCUUCCGAUCUAAUUUCUGGCCUUACGGUCAAACCACUUUCAAGUUCCCCACCGGAAGAAUCUCUGACGGACGUUUGAUUCCUGACUUCAUCGCUGAGAACGCAUGGUUACCGUUGAUCCCACCAAAUCUACAACCAAGCAACAGUAACAAUCAAUUUACCUAUGGAGUUAGUUUUGCUUCCGCCGGUGCCGGAUCUUUGGUCGAAACCUUUCCCGGAACGGUGAUAAAUUUGGGAACACAACUAAAUAGCUUCAUGAACGUUGAAAGGAUGCUGAGAUCUGAACUAGGAAACGCAGAGGUCAAGAAGAUUUUUUCAAGAGCUGUUUAUUUGUUUCAUAUCGGUGGCAACGACUUAUUUUAUCCAUUUAGUGCAAACUCGUCACUCUUUCAAUCAAAUUCUAUAGAAAAAUUCGUUGACUUUGUUAUUGGUAACACAACAUCCGUGAUCAAGCAAGUGUAUAAAAUGGGAGGAAGGAAGUUCGGGUUCUUGAAUGUAGGAGCAUACGACUGUGCACCAGGCGCAUCGAUCUUGGACAGAACAAACAUAGGAUCAUGUUUCAAACCAGUCACCGAGCUCGUCGAUUUACACAACAAAAAGUUUGCGGAUGCUCUAAGUCGGCUUCAACGUGAACUAUCCGGUUUCAGAUACGCCCUUCAUGACUAUCACACUUCUUUAUUAGAAAGAAUCAACAAUCCUUCGAUAUACGGUUUUAAGGAAGGGAAGAAGGGAUGUUGUGGAAGCGGACCGUUAAGGGGAAUCAAUACUUGUGGGAACCGUAUGGGACAAAGUUUCGAGUUAUGCGAAAACGUUACCGAUUAUUUGUUUUUCGAUUCCACUCAUUUGACGGAGAAGGCUCAUCGACAAAUCGCAGAGCUGAUCUGGAACGGACCGCCUAAUGUCACUGGACCUUAUAAUCUCAAAGCUUUAUUUGAAUUUAAUUAGAAUCGCCAAUGUAUCACGGAAAAUAAAGUCGAGAUCAUCAAUAUAUAGCUUAUCCAAUCUUGUUGGUCAUAUAUAUACUUCGUGUUCAC